GAGAGAGAGAGGAGAGAGAGACAGAGCAAAAGGGCACAGUCCGUUCGAAGCUCUCCCUUCUCUGAAUCGGCACCCACUGAAGCGCGAAAUGACCUCCAGAUCGCUUCCUCAUCUCUUCAGAGCUCGUUCUCAUCUUCUCCUUCGGUCCCAAAUUCGAAACCCUAAACCCUCUUCCCUUCCUCUAAAACCUCUCCAAAGAUUCUGCUCAUCCGACGCAUCUCCUCCUCCUCCUCCGCCGCCGACAACUCAAACGCCGAAAGUCAAAAUCGCCGGCGGUGGUGGCGUUAAUCCAUCGCCCUUGUAUUCUUCUCUUGACGCCGACGAGGUCGCUAAGUUUGCCUCCAUUGCUGAAACCUGGUGGGACUUUGAAGGACCUUUUAAGCCAUUACAUUUGAUCAAUCCACCUCGGUUGUCUUUCAUUCGCUCAACGUUCUGUCGACAUUUCAGAAGAGAUCCCUAUUGCGCUAGGCCUUUUGAAGGGUUAAAAUUUAUUGAUGUUGGAUGUGGAGGUGGAAUUCUCUCAGAGCCUCUUGCUCGUAUGGGUGCCAUGGUUACAGGUAUUGAUGCUGUGGAAAAGAAUAUCAAGAUUGCUCGUGUCCAUGCUGGAUUUGAUCCGCUUACUUCAUCUAUUGACUAUUCCUGCACAACAGCUGAACAAUUGGUUAGAGAAAAUAAAAUGUUUGAUGCUGUGCUUGCUCUUGAGGUGAUUGAGCAUGUUGCAGAUCCUUCAGAGUUUUGCAAGUCUCUUGCUGCAUUAACUGCUCCAAAUGGUGCUACUGUGAUCUCCACCAUUAACCGCUCUGUAAGAUCAUAUGCUGCUGCAAUUGUUGCUGCUGAAUACCUUCUAAAGUGGAUCCCAAGGGGCACACAUGAAUGGUCCAAAUUUCUUUCCCCAGAAGAACUAGUAAUGAUCAUGCGAAGAUCUUCAAUAUCUGUAAGGCACAUGAUUUCCUGUGUUUACAAUUAUGAAACUGGAGAGUGGUCUCUCUCCGAUGAUACCAGUGUAAAUUUUAUUGCUUUUGGUACUAAGCAGGGAUAGUGGAGAAACUUUGUGAAUACCAUGUAUCAAUAAUCUUUAUCACAUCAUAUACAGUAUUAUCUAGAGGGCAUAAUAUAUUAUUGCAUGCCUCCAACAGGUUACAUGAUUUUUACCUUCUUUUGUUUUCUUUCAAUUUUGAAAACAUGUUGUAUUUUUGAAAUCUUUGAGCACGGGGGUCAGAUUUUCAUUACCUAUGCUUCAUGUAGCCCUGAUUAUUGCAAAAUAAGCUUUGAGUUUUAUAGACACUGAUCAAUCCAGUGUUCUACA